AUGGCUCCUGACCAAUCACUUGCUGCAGGAACAGCCGACAUCGCCGACAUGGGGAUAUUCAACAAACACAAAAAAUCAUGGAGAGACAUUAGCCGCAGACCUGCAUCUUCCAGCUUCGUACCUUUUCGCGGCCCGAGCCACGAAUGUGAAAAGGAGGCGGCGGAACGUCAAAGCUAUGAUUCUAUCUCAGAAGAAUGCUACUGGGACUGA